AUGCGCUUCGUGGUUUUUCUUACUGCCAUUGCGACAUUGGGUGGAGCCGCUCCGGUUCCUGACUCAAUGGCCAAUGCGGCGGAACUUGUUCGCCCCAAUGAGCCCCUUGUUAACCAUGCGGGUUUAUACGAAGUACCUAACGGCCUGGAGGCACGCGGUUCCACCCCGUGGCAUGACUGCAAGUGCAUCGACGGUUACAUCACGGAUGAAACUUACUCCCAGGUCUACGAAAAAACACUCGCCCAUCAGGCCAACUUUCAUGGCGGGGCCGUUACCCAGGGGGAUGUGGGCUUGUUUGGGGGCCCUCAGAAGUACCUACUCGGUGUCGAGGUGGUCGGCAAAAAUAGUCAGGUUUUCUCCCAAUCUAGAGUGGGUAACAUCAUCCACCAGCUGAAGGUUGCUCGUGGCGACAAGAACUGCGGGACAAAGCCUGUUGUCUGCUGGACCCAGGGAAAUGAUGAAAUUAAGGCCUGGGUUAAACAGUACUGA